AUGAUCUUUGUUUUCCCUCCAGGUGUGGCAGGUGAGACGGAGCUGCGGGUGGUCCAGCCUGAGAAGUCAGUGUCUGUCGCAGCUGGACAGACGGCCACUCUGCGCUGCACCCUGACCUCCCUGCACCACCUUGGGCCGGUUGAGUGGUUCAGGGGAACAGGGCCAGCCCGGGAGUUAAUCUUCAGUUUCACAGGAGGCCACUACCCCCGAGUAACAAAUGUUGCAGACGCCACAAAGAGAAACAACACGGACUAUUCCAUCCGCAUCAGUAACAUCACCCCAGCAGACACUGGAACCUACUACUGUGUGAAGUUCCAGAAAGGGACCCCUAAUGUGGAGUUUAAGUCUGGACCAGGCACUCAACUCAUAGUGAGCGCCAAACCCUCUCCCCCCGUGGUGUCGGGUCCCACGGCCAGAGCCUCACCUGAGCAGACCGUCAACUUCACCUGCAAGUCCCACGGCUUCUCCCCCAAAAACAUCACCCUGAGAUGGUUCAGAAAUGAGAAUGAGCUGGCAGCCUCCCAGAUUACCGUGGACCCGGAGGGAAACAGCACUUCUUACAGCAUCUCCAGCACAACCAGGCUGGUGCUGGCCCCGGGGGACGUUUGCUCCCAGGUCAUCUGCGAGGUGACCCACGUGACCCUGCAGGGAGGCCCUCCUCUUCGUGGGACUGCCAACUUGUCUGAGGUCCUCCGAGUUCCGCCCACCUUGGAGGUUUCCCAGGAACCCGUGGCAGGGGACCAGGUGAAGGUCACUUGCCAAGUGAAGAAGUUCUACCCCCAGCGCCUACAGCUGACCUGGUUGGAGAACGGACACGUGUCCCGAACAGAAACGGCCUCGACGGCCUCGAACCUCAUAGAGAACAAGGAUGGGACGUUUAACUGGACGAGCUGGCUCCCGGUGAACUCAUCCGCCCACAGGGAAGAUGUGGUGCUCACCUGCCAGGUGCAACAUGACGGGCAGCCCGCGGUCACCAAAAACCAUGCCCUCGUGGCCUCUGCCCACCAGAAGGACCAGGAAACCCAUAAAACCCAGG